UUGACCAGAAAUGCAAUACAAUAAUAGCAGCCUCUUGUAUUAAUUAUAUUCUCAAAGCAUGAUUAAAAAAAUGGAAAUAAGCUCAUCCUUAUCUUCCUCCUCUUGUUCUCUUUCCCAUUGAGUCAUUGGCUGAUUGAGAUGCUGGGAGCCAAAACCCUCUACCUUGCUCUUCUCAUCAUUCUCAUCCCAACCAGCAUCAAUGGCUUCCCAUACACAAACUUCAACUCAUCCAAUACCAAGGAUGACUUCUUCUUCUCCAAUGAUGCUGGUGUGAGGCUAGGGGCAUUGCAGAUCACCCCGGACAACAAUAAUAAUAACUUGCUGGUGAACAGGUCCGGCCGCGUCAUCUACAACACACCAUUCAAGCUCUGGCAGCCAUUGAACUCCACCACAAACCAGUCAGCUUCUUUCUCCACUUCAUUUCUCAUUAACAUAGCCGAUGUAACCCUUACUCCUGGUGAAGGCAUCGCCUUCGUUAUCGUCCCAUCUGUUGCUGAGCCUCCUCUGGCUAGCUUUGGUGGCUACCUAGGCCUCACCAACGAAACUCUGGAUGGUAAACCUUCUAAUCAGAUAAUAGCCGUGGAGUUCGAUACUGUCAAACAAGAGGCUAAUAAUGAUCCAGAUGACAACCAUGUUGGUCUGAAUAUCAACAGUGUCAAGUCCGUUGCCACCACAUCACUCUCACCCCUUGGCAUUAAGAUCGCAUCUUUUCCGGCUACUAACUACACCGUCUGGAUCGACUAUGAUGGUGUUGCUCACCGGAUCAAUGUGUCCAUAGCUUCCCAGGGAGUGGCUAAACCCAGCAAUCCAGCCCUUAGUGAACAUCUUGAUAUCAGUUUGUACGUUGCUUCAUUGUCCAACUUUGGCUUUGCCGGGUCAACCAGCACCAACGUUGAGCUUAACUGCGUCCUCGAAUGGAACCUCAAUGUUGAGGCUCUCCCUUGUGAUGAUAAGAAAGAUGGCAUAGCUGUGUGGAUUAUUGCUGUGAUCGUUAUAGUAUCGAUUGCGCUGGUUAUGGUUGUUGGGUACUUGGUGUAUAGGAGGCGUAUGAAGAAGAGAAAUCCGGUUGUCCUAUUGGGGGCUCUAAAACGCUUGCCAGGAACACCGAAAGAAUUCAAGUUCAAGGAGCUGAAGAAGGCCACCAAGAACUUUGAUGAGAAGAUGAGGUUAGGACAAGGAGGGUUUGGGGUUGUCUACAAGGGUGUGCUCCCAGAGGAUAGCACAGAGGUGGCCGUGAAGAAAUUCUCUAGAGACAGCACCAAGUGUGUGGACGAUUUCCUCUCCGAGCUCAUCAUCAUCAACAAGCUACGCCACAAGCAUUUGGUCAAGCUCGUUGGAUGGUGCCACGAGAACGGAGUACUCCUCUUGGUGUACGAUUACAUGCCUAAUGGAAGCUUAGACACGCACUUGUUCGGAGGGCCGGUGCUGAAAUGGAGUCUAAGAUACAACAUCAUCUCCGGCGUAGCCUCGGCGCUCCACUACCUGCACAACGAGUACGACGAAAGGGUCGUGCACAGAGACCUCAAGGCCUCCAACAUCAUGCUCGACGCUGCAUUCAACGCGCGUCUUGGUGACUUCGGCCUGGCCCGUGCUCUCGAGACGGACAAGACCUCGUACGCCGAGAUGGAACAGCUCGGCGUGCCUGGCACCGUGGGUUACAUCGCCCCCGAGUGCUUCCACACCGGGAAGGCCACGCGUGAGUCCGAUGUAUACGCGUUCGGUGCGGUCAUUCUGGAGAUCGUGUGCGGUCGUCGUCCUCUUUGCGAUGUCUAUGGGUUUCAAUCCUUGGUUGACUGGGUAUGGAAGUUGCACAGAGAGGGGACGAUACUGGACGCGGUGGACGUGAGGCUCGCCGGCGUGUACGACCCAGAGGAGGCGCAGAGGCUGCUGCAGCUGGGGCUGGCGUGUAGCCACCCGGCGCCGGGGGAGAGACCAAAAGCGGAGGCGGUGGUGCAGAUCAUUGGCGGGGCGGUAGCGCCGCCGCUUGUUCCGCCAUUCAAGCCGGCGUUCAUCUGGCCGGCGGCGGUGGUUGAUUAUGAUAUUUUGGCAUCCACGUCAACCAUCUCCUUGUCUGCCACGUCGGCAUCAUGGACCCCACAUAGCUUAAGUAAGGACUAAGGAGGUAUACGCAACCCGUCAAAGUUGACUCGGCAUAGCACUAGUUUUUCUUUUUCUUUUUAUUUUUAUUAUUUUUAUUAUUUUUAUUUUUAUUUUUUAAGUUAAAACAUUGCAUCUUUAUUUGGCAGAUGCCGGGGCACUGGCCUACUUUUUUUUUUUUAGGUUUUUGUAAAAUAUAUAUAAAUUUUUAAACUCUUGUA